AAUUUAACCUACUUAAAGGCUACAUUUAAUCUUGUUAAGUUCAAACCACCUACACAAUGAAUGGCUAACUCAUCAGAAACUGCAUUGUGGUUUAAGCAUUCGUUUAUAUGCUCUCAAGGCAAAAUGGAGUCUUUACAUUUGGUGACAUUACAGUUGAUUAUCUUUGCGUGUUCAGCCUGCAGUGGACCUAUUCAAGGUGAUCAAGAACUAAAACCAUGUCCAAAAAUCAAACCUUUCAAUAAAGUCAACAUAGAUCAGUUACUGGGAAAAUGGUUUUUGGCUAUUAUGGUAAUUGAAUCAGAACAUGAAGAGUUUGUCGAGGAUGGCGUUUGCAUUCAUGGUGAACUCUUACGAUAUAAUAAAACCACAUUGAGACAAGUAUGGAACAUUGAUAAUCCAUUAUUAAUCGGCGAUCAUAGUGCUGUAAUAGAAUUGCCAACAAUAGAAACCGAAGUAGGAAUUUGGUCAAUACAAAGUCCACUAGGAGGAGAUAUAACGGCAACUAUUAUUGAUGCAGAUCCUGAUACACAUUUAAUAUUGGCCUUCUGUGGUAAAAAAGGAUCAGAAAUAUUACAUAUGUGGACUGUAGUUGUUACACGUCAAAAUGGAAUUGCAGCACCAGAAACCUUAAGACUGUCAGCUAUUUUGGUCAAACAUGGUUAUAAUCCAAUGGCAAGUAAAAUUAUAAGUUGGAAAAAUUGUCCGAUUUACACAAUGAUACCUUAAGUAUUAACAGAUAUUUAAUGUGAUUUUAACUAAUUAAUUAAUACAGAAAUAAACAAAAAUACUGAAUUAUACGA